AUGGAAGAUCCAAGUAAUGUGACAGAAUUUGUUUUCUUGGGAAUCCUGCAAGGUUGGAAAAUGCAACGAGUGGCCUUUGGGUUCUUCUUAAUGCUUUACAUCCUGACUAUAAUGGGGAACCUGCUCAUUGUGGUCACUGUAAAUUUCAGUGGCUACCUCACCUCCCCUAUGUACUUCUUUCUCAGCUAUCUGUCCUUUGUAGAUGUCUGUUACUCCUCCACCACCACCCCGAAGAUGAUGACUGACUUGUUCAUAGUGAGGAAAACCAUCUCCUUCCAUGGUUGCAUGACUCAGCUCUUUGCUGUGCAUUUCUUUGGCUGCACAGAGAUCUUCCUGCUCACUGUCAUGGCCUACGACCGUUACGUGGCCAUCUGUUACCCGUUGCACUACACAGUCAUCAUGAGCCGCAGCAAAUGCCGGAUGUUGGUGUUGGUACUCUGGGUUGGAGCGUUUCUGCAUUCCAUCAUUCAGACUCUCCUUACCAUCCAGCUGCCUUUCUGUGGGCCCAAUGUGAUCGACCAUUAUUUCUGUGACGUCCACCCAUUGCUGAAGCUUGCCUGCUCUGACACUUAUGCGGUAGGGCUCAUGGUGGUAGCCAACAGUGGCAUGAUCUCAUUGAUUGCGUUCUUCUGUCUGGUCAUCUCCUACUCUGUUAUCUUGUUUACUUUGAGGACUCAGUCAGCUGAGGGCAGACGCAAGGCACUCUCAACCUGUGGCUCUCAUGUCGUUGCUGUAUUGCUGUUCUUUGUCCCCUGCAUCUAUAUGUACAUUCGCCCAACCACCACCUUUAAAGCAGAUAAACUGGUCACUUUGUUUAAUACAGUUAUGCCCCCAAUGCUAAACCCCCUCAUAUAUACCCUUAGGAAUGCUGAAGUAAAAAAAGCUGUGAGGAAGCUCUGGAGGCAAUAA